AUGGAGACUCGUGCCUCAAAGAAGAGAGCUAACACCGAUCAAAAGUCACAACUCGUUGUUCCAAAACGACAGAGGGUAGCUUUUUCCAAAAUUCCAAACCUCAAUUUUCGUGUUUAUAACAAAACUAAUGUCAAAUGCGACCACCAACUGAUCAUUGAACCUUAUGUAUCCGACAUCGAUCAUCAUCAUCGUACAAUGGAGAAAAAGCGAAGACCAAUUGUUGGCUACAUUGAGGAUGCUCAGAAAGAGGUUACUAUAAACAUGAGGGGAACAUUGGUGGAUUGGUUAAUGAAGGUUGCAGACGAGCACAAGCUUCUUCCUGAAACCCUUCAUCUAUGUAUCUCCUACAUUGACAGAUUCUUAUCUCUACAAUCUGUUCCUGAAAUAUAUCUUGCGUUGCUUGGUGUUUCGUCUAUGUUCAUUGCUUCAAAGUACGAAGAAAUCACACCUCCAAAGGCGGUGGCUUUCUGCAAAAUCACUGAGAACGCUUAUCACCAUUCAGAGGUUUUAAAGAUGGAGGCUCACAUACUCAAGUCACUAAAUUAUGAAGUAGGAAACCCUAAUGUUACCACAUUUCUAAAGAGGUUUAUUGGACUUGCUAAUGGGAAUCAAAAGAAUUCUAAUUUACAGUUUGAAUAUCUGUGCAACUAUCUUGCUGAUCUAAGCUUGUUGGAGUAUGAGUGUAUAAGAUUCUUGCCUUCUGUUGUGGCUGCGUCGGUUAUAUUUCUCGCUAGAUUUAUUAUCCAACCAGAAGUACAUCCUUGGACGCCAUUGUUGUGUGAAAGCUUGGGUUACAAGUCAUCUGAGUUGAAGGAAUGUGUUGUUAUUUUACAUGACUUGUAUUUCUCAAGAAGGGAAGCUUACUUGAAAACUCUUCGCAAUAAAUUCAAUCUGAAAAAGUUCAAAUGUGUGGCCAAUUUGCCUUCUCCGCCAGAGGUGCCAACUCAUUACUUCAAAGAAGCGUGA